CGCCCCUCAGGCCAGCGCACAGACAGACAGCGACGGAACGACUGGGAGUGUUUAUGGCUGCCUUCUUUCCCCGUAACGAAGUUGUUUCUUGGUCAUUUUUAGACACAUCUAGGGGGAUUUUGACGUGCUCUGAAUAGCGAAGACGGCAAAGCCAUGCUCGUGCAGACGAGGCGAACCUUCAAGGACUGAAUGAAUGCGUCGAGCGAAAUUGAACUUCAUCGAUCUCUAAGAGAGUUUGGAAAAUAUGCUCAGCGGAAGUCAAAGUUGGGUUAAUUGUACAGUAUUUUAAUUCGCGAAGUUCGUAUUUUAACGACGCGCCGUGAGAUCCGCAUUUAUCGGGUAUAUUUGUAACUUUAUUUCCUCGACAGCGUUAGAGAUUUUCAUUCGGCACAUAACGUCGGCUAAAUUUAGCAGGUUAGCUAGGUGCGUUAGCUGUCAGUGUAGCUUCUUAACUGUUUUGCUGCAGCCGAAGUUCGCAUUUGAGCAACUUUUUUAAGACUAUGUCAUCCUUGCUUUUCACAGUAAAUAGACAUUUGUGCACAUGCUGUUAAGCUUUAAGAAAGGCGGGGUAUUCAGGAACUUGGAUUUAGCUGUAUUUAUGAGGCUAGUGCGGGUCUCUGUUUAUCAUUUUGCGUUAAAUAUUCGUUUUGCAUGAGAUGCAGUUCGUCGAAGCCGAGUGAGCAUGAUGGAUCAUACACAAUAACAACAAGACUCGGGGAAGGAAAAGAGCGACGGGCUCGUGUCAUCUGAUAAAUAGCUCGCCAGAAAUCUCCAUCAGAUUUUUUUUUUUUUAAACAUUACAAUGUCGACCAUCUCAGCAUCCGAGAAAGUGGACGGCUUCACGAGGAAGUCCGUGCGGAAGGCGCAGAGACAGAGAAAAUCCCAGGGUUCCUCGCAGUACCGCACUCAAAGCGCUCCAGUGGAGCUUUCCCCGCUGCCGCAGCUCAAAGACACCCCCUCUGCCGAGCAGCAGGAGCUCUUCAUGCAGAAGCUUAACCAGUGCUGUGUUCUCUUCGACUUCCUGGACUCCGUGACGGACCUGAAGAGCAAGGAGAUCAAGAGGGCCACGCUCAAUGAGCUAGUUGAAUAUGUUUCAACCUACAGAGGGGUGCUGGUGGAGUCUGCAUACCCGGACAUCACCAAUAUGAUCUGCACAAAUAUUUUCCGCGCACUUCCGCCAAGCGACAAUCCAGAUUUUGAUCCGGAGGAGGACGAGCCCACUCUAGAGGUUUCAUGGCCUCACAUGCAACUUGUCUAUGAAUUUCUGCUCCGCUUCUUGGAGAAUCCCGACUUUCAGCCCAGCAUUGCAAAGCGGCAUAUUGAUCAGAAGUUUGUUCUUCAGCUGCUGGAGCUUUUCGACAGCGAGGAUCCACGAGAGAGAGACUUCCUAAAGACCAUCCUGCAUCGGAUUUAUGGAAAAUUCCUCGGCUUGCGAGCCUUCAUCAGGAAGCAGAUCAACAACAUUUUCUUGCAGUUCAUAUAUGAAACGGAGCACUUCAACGGUGUUGCUGAGCUACUGGAAAUUCUGGGAAGUAUCAUCAAUGGGUUUGCGUUGCCUCUGAAGGCUGAGCACAAGCAGUUCCUGAUGAAGGUGCUCAUCCCGCUGCAUACAGCCAAGAGCCUGGCCCUUUUCCACGCACAGCUGGCGUACUGCGUGGUCCAGUUCCUGGAGAAGGAUCCCACGCUCACAGAGCCGGUGAUCCGGGGUUUGCUGAAGUACUGGCCCAAGACCUGCAGCCAGAAGGAGGUGAUGUUCCUGGGUGAAAUCGAAGAGAUUUUGGACGUCGUUGAACCAACCCAAUUCAAAAAAGUCCAGGAGCCGUUGUUCAAACAGAUUUCUAAGUGUGUGGCUAAUGCACACUUUCAGGUAGCAGAGCGCGCUCUGUACUUCUGGAACAAUGACUACAUUCUCAGCCUCAUCGAGGAGAACAUCGACAAGAUUCUCCCCAUCAUGUUUGGCAGCCUGUAUAGAAUCUCUAAGGAGCACUGGAAUCCGACGAUUGUAGCUCUGGUUUACAAUGUGCUGAAGACGCUGAUGGAAAUGAACUGCACGCUGUUUGACGAGCUGACAUCCUCAUAUAAAGCAGAAAGGCAAAGGGAGAAGAAGAAGGAGCAGGAGAGGGAUGAGCUGUGGAAGAAACUGGAUCAGUUUAAGUUGGGCAACGCUCCUCUGGUCCAGAACAACAGCCACAGUAUCCCUAGUGUCCAAAACAACAACAACAACAACAACAACAGUAAUAACAACGAGAGCCAGGAGGCCACCUCCACCCCGAGCAACAAAGACCUUGCCGUCACUGUGGAAGUUGAAGACAGCACCCCAUGUGCCAAAUGACAGUAGAAACCAGUUUUUCUUUUUUGGGGUUCCGUUAACGGUCUGACUGUUGGACCGUCGUGGGGAGGCGCAACGGAGACGACACAAACGACACCUCAGCAGUAUAAUAAAUCUACUUUAGCGAGUGCCAGUGGUUCUUUGGCAGUAAAGAAAUGUAUAUGUUCCAGACUCUCUUUGGAUGUUAUGUUGUGGCUGCAGUACAUUGUCUGAAGAUAUCUCCUCUCACCUUUAGUUUCUUAACUGAUGAUCUUUUUUCUUGUUGUAUUAUUCAACGUGUGACACAUGGGACGGGAGAAAAAUAAUGACUUUAAUUUAAUGUUUCUGAUUGUUCUCCAUUUAGAAGAGGUCAAUAGCUAUUUAAAGAUGUCUGUUUUUAAUGUGCUUUUUCUUCGUCGCUGCCAACACUCGGGUGCAAACCUCAACGGGGGGGGGGGGAAAUCAGAUGUUGGGGAGUGUUUUGUGCAGAUGGGACCAGAUCCUUAUACAUGAAACCCCCAUAUAUAUAUUUAUAUUUACAGAGAGACCCAUUUAUAUGUAGAGAGGAUUGAUUUUUAAGGACCAGAAUAAGCCUGGACACCUCCUUAUGUAGAGAAGAAACCUUUUGGGAGAUGAUUAAGCUAACCACUGACUCUGGGAGUGACUCUGCUUUAUAAUAUGAAUUAACACGUAAGAAAAAAUAUAUUUUUCAAACUAUUUUUUUGUUUAACGUGAUGCAUAUUUUUCUUCUGGGUGAAAACAUGAAGCUAAAGCAGUAGGUGCCUAUAUUUAUACCGUUAUUCAUGUUGAAGUAUUGAGGAAGGGCUUUAAAAGAUUAAGCUUUUUUUUUUUUAAUUUACUUAAAGAAAUAGUUUGACAUUUUUCCAAUUUGUUGGAAACAGGCCACUACUCAAUUUUUUGAAUCAAGCUGUAAGCACGCCAAAAGUGCUGCGGAAAUCUCUUCUUUUUAUAUUUGAAUGCAGUUUUUAAUGCAUAAAGGAGGAUAAUUCUUUACGAAAACAGCCGUUGCUUUAAUCACAGGGAUCUACAACGAUUUAAAGAUCUACAAACUGACGUCAAAUUGGAUCAAGGAUGUUGAAUGUACGUUUAAUAAUGCUAAGUUUGAGGGCUGCUUACAGGGAAAUGCCACUCCCCGCCAGAUUUUCUGCUCAGUUUAAUGCUUCUGUGGUUGAGGGAGGUGUAGUCAGUGCUUAUUGGAGAAUAAUGGGGCUGAGAGCCAAGGUUUGAACUCAUCUCAGCACUUAUCUGGUAUUUGAUACGGCACAAGAGGCUUUUUGUUUACCGAGGAACUCCCCCCCCCCCCCCCCUAAAAAAAAAAAAUCAUUCAGCGCUAUUAAAGAAAAUCCCCAUCAAGUCCUCUUGACCAUCAUGCCUGUUUGCCACGUCUGCUCUGUAAGCCUGUAAAGUUUUUUGAUGAAGCUUGUAAAAUGUGGUCAUGUUCUCUGCAUGUCGGAGAUGAUUGAUGAUAGGGACCAUAUUCCUGUCUGGACCUCACUGUCUGUUCAGCUCCUUUGGGUUUCUGUUAGGUCCGGUUGUCCCUGAUGCCUUUCUGUCAGUCCAGCAUUCCAGCCUCGGAGAAACUGUUGGGAACCUGUUUUGUAAUCACAGAUCUUCUAUAGGUUUCACCAUCGAAUAAAGUCUACUUUAUCUUUCUA